AUGUCUCGUGUGGGAGUUUUGGUUCUGGGGCCUGCCGGUGCAGGAAAGAGCACUUUCUGCAAUGAAAUUAUCUCGCAUAUGCAGACGAUUGGUCGUCGGGCCCAUAUCGUUAAUUUGGAUCCUGCUGCGGAACCGAGCAAAUAUGAGUUCACUGUCGAUAUCCGAGACCUUAUAUCCUUAGACGAUGUUAUGGAUGAACUAGAACUGGGGCCCAAUGGGGCUUUGAUCUAUUGUUUUGAGUAUCUUUUGAAUAAUUUGGACUGGUUGGACGAGGAAAUUGGUGAUUACAACGAUGAAUACCUGAUUUUCGACUGCCCUGGUCAGAUAGAACUCUAUACACACAUUCCUGUGCUUCCAAACAUUGUCCGCCACUUACAAAAUCAAUUGAAUUUCAACCUUUGUGCCACAUAUCUCAUGGAAGCUCCUUUUAUUGUGGAUAGUUCUAAAUUCUUUAGUGGAUCGCUAUGUGCGAUGUCUGCUAUGAUUCUUUUGGAGCUUCCUCACAUUAACGUGCUGAGUAAGAUAGAUAUGAUAAAGGAUGAUUAUAGUAGGAAGAGAUUGAAGAGGUUCUUAAAUCCUGAUCCAUUACUACUGGUAGACCAGAACAACGAAGAGAUGAAUCCAAGAUUUCACCGUCUGAACCAAUGCAUUGCGAACUUGGUCGACGAUUUCGGCAUGGUACAGUUUUUGCCUCUGGAGGCAAAGAACCCCGACAGCAUAUCGACCAUUUUGUCAUACAUCGAUGAUGUGACCCAAUGGGCAGAAGCACAGGAACAAAAGGAGCCCAACGAUCAGAUAGACAUUGAAGAGUUGUAG